AUGGCGUCGUCAAGUAAGAAGUUUCGGUUCGAUACAAGUGAUUUAGACAAUAAUAUGAUAAAUAGUGGAAAUGAAGAUGAAUUUGCAGAAAGUGAAUCGGAUUAUGAGAUGUCAGUAAUGGAUGAGGCAUCAGAUAAUCCUUCUCCUCCAAGCUUUGUGUAUGCUGAAGUACCAGGCCCUAAACAUAUACCAGCAAACGCCACACCAAUUGAUUUUUUCAAUUUGUUCUUCUCACUGCAGCUUUUUACGAUUAUGGUGACAGAGACUAACAGAUACGCUCGCCAGGUGAUUCAGUCAAUGCAUUUAUCGCCAAAUUCGAGAAUCAAACAGUGGCAACCAACAACUGUAGCAGAAAUGAGGGCUUUUAUAGCAGUAAUUUUGAAUAUGGGACUGAUUAAAAAACCGACGAUUUUUAGUUAUUGGUCAACUGAUGCAAACCUGUUGACACUGUGGUUUUCACAAAUGUUUUCACGCAACAGGUUUCAGUUGUUGCUGCGGUUUUUCCAUUAUGUAGACAAUUCGAAACUUCACCCUCCUGGUCACCCAUUAUAUGAUCCAACAGCCAAGUUUCAAGUGUUGGUGGAUAUUGCCAACAAUGCUUUCCGUCGCUACUACACUCCACACCAGCAACUGAGUGUCGAUGAAAGUCUUGUUGGGACAAAGGCGCACUCACAGCUAAUCCAAUACCUUCCCAAUAAACAUCAUCACAGAUGGGGAGUCAAAUUUUGGAUGCUGUGUGAUUCAGUCGUAAAUCACUGCCUAGGGUUUUAUGCAUACUGUGGUGCAAAAAGUGAUGAUGACAAAAACGAAAUAAAAGAGAAUGGCCUGGGAUAUGUAAUCGUCAUGCAAAAGGUUACCAUGUGUUUUGCGAUAACUUUUUAUACAUCUAUUCCUCUGGCAGAAAAGCUGUAUUCAGUUGGCACUUAUCUAACUAACAAUUAG